UCUUACAAUCGGUUUCCAUCAGUCUUCAUGGUUCUGAUCUCACCCCACGCCAUGCAACCCACCCGGGCGUCCACCACAGUCAGUGUGUUCGCGGACUGCAGCAUCCCGGCCGGGCUUCGGAUAGGACCGGUACCGGGCAUCUUCAAACUCGGGAAGUACGUGUCAGACCGAAAGGAAGUAGGACCCAAGAAGAAGGUUCGCUUAGUAAGGGGAGAGUUCUUGGACGAAUCGGGCUGUCCCGUGCCAGACUGGAUCGGAUUCAUCCGCGCAGCCAGGAACAGUCAGGAGCAGAACCUCGAGGCAGUGUCAGACCUACCUGGCGGACAGAUUUUCUAUCGCGUACUGAAAGAAAUCCCCGCCGGAGAGGAGCUCAGUGUUUGGUACUCCAAUGCUCUGGCCCAGUGGUACGACAUCCCGACAACGGCCACACCCACGCACGACGAGAAAGGAGAGGAGCGUUACAUCUGCUGGUACUGCUGGAGAAUAUUCAAGUACCCGAACACACUCAAGGCGCACGUACACUUUCACUGCGCCCUGAGCAACGGGCGGGGGUUUGUGAACAGUGAGCAGGCCAGAGGCACGGAGACCUUCAGCAGGUCACCAAAGUCAGGAGACAUCCCCAACACCUCCAUCUCUCCGAGGAGCGGUCACAGUAACACUUCCAUCUCAGACUCUGGCAGGCGGGCAGUGGCCUCCUCCCCUUUUCUAAAUAAAGUGGGACUGUCAAAGAAAAGCAGCUCAGAGGAGCAGGACAGGGCGCUCGACAUGAGCGUCACCUCAGCCAGACACCAAGGACAUAUCCUCGGACUCGGGGCCACAUCUUCAGUGCUGAGCAGCAUGGGCUUUCACCCGGGCGUGCGCUCUGCCUUCAAACCCACUGGAGUGUCCAAAGUCCAGAGUACAGAUGUGCCAAGGGAUGACGUGAAGCUGAGCGGCCUGGGUUUUAACAAACUCAUUGGAAACAUGAAACCAAUCCGCAAUGUAGGCGAGACUCUCAACGGAGGGGGGAACCACCCUUCAAAGUGCGCACCUGCAAUUAUGGACUCCGCAUCUCCAAUGGUGCCAUGCACAAACAAUAUCCGAAGUUUUCCGCUGUUGCCUCACAUGGAGGAGACUUCAGCUUUUAAGCACGUGGAGAGCAGGAUGCACUCCGGCCUGUCCCCCUCCCGCUACCCCCAGAUGCCCCCUGGAAUCCACUUUGAGAGGUUCUCCCUGCCUCACUUCGACGGUGUAAAGACAUAUGGAGGUGACUGUAACAUCCCGCUCAUGCCCUUCACUGUUUACAACGGGGAGCUUCUGUACAGCUCCCCUUAUUACCCGCUGAAAUUCCACUUCAGCAAUUUGCUCAAAUACCCCGAGUCUAUGUCCUACUUCGGUGCACCCCCACUAAGCCAAGACCUGGGCUCUAUCACCAACAUCGACCGAGAGAUCGCCAUGCACACGCAACAGCUGUCUGAGAUCGCAGCUGAGAAGAACCGAACCAGGCUGGACUCCAUGCCCGCCGGGAGCGCCACCAACGCAGGGUCCGGAAAGCCCAAAAAGGGACACCUGUGUCUGUACUGCGGCAAACUGUACUCCAGGAAAUACGGCCUGAAAAUCCACAUGAGGACUCACACAGGCUAUAAGCCUCUCAAAUGCAAAGUGUGCUUCAGGCCGUUCGGGGACCCCAGCAACCUGAACAAACACAUCCGGCUCCACGCGGAGGGAAACACACCCUACAGGUGCGACUUCUGUGGAAAGGUGCUGGUGCGGAGGCGGGACCUGGAGAGGCACGUCAAGUCCCGGCAUCCCGGGCAGACCAUCAAGAAACUAGAGGACAAAACGGGAGGCCUGUUCGAGGACGCAGAACACAAGAGCGACAAUGACAGUGAUGUGGACGUGUGCUUCACCGACGACCAGAGUGACCAAGAGUCGAGCAAAAACAAUGACUGA